AUGGAUAAGAAUAAAAUAGUUACAUAUAUACAACAAUUAUUUCAGUAUUAUUAUACAAAAGAAGGACCACCUACAAUGGUAGAUACAAUAGUUAUGUUUAUAGAAAGUAACCAAUUAAAUGUCGAUACUUUACCAUUAUAUAUCGAAUCACUUUCAAAUACAUUGCCAAUAGAAUAUAAAUUAAUAAAUAAAACUCCUGAUCAUAUUAAAAACAAAGUACAACAACAACAACAACAACAACCAAUUUACUCAAUUUCAGAAUCAACAAAUUUAAAUAAUACUUCAAAUAUAAAUAAGGGUGGAACUAUAUAUAAAUAUUAUAAUAAAGAUACAAAUACAUUUAAUAAAGAAUUGGUAAAGCAAAAUUUAAAUAUAAACACUAUUAAAGAAUAUGUUGAUGAACUAUAUAUUUGUUAUACUGGUAAAUUGGGUGACCCUGCAUCAAGUCAAUAUUUAAUAAAAUCUUUAUUAGAUAAUAGUUUUACUGUACAUCAAGCUGAAUUACAUGUAAAAUUUUCUAAAGAAGCAAAAGUUUACUUGGGUCAAGUUCAAAUAAAAGAAAAUAAAAGAAAAAAAGCAGAAGAAUAUAUUUAUGAACUUUAUAAAGUUUAUUUUGGUAAAGAAUAUUUAUGUCCACUUGAUGAUUUACAUUAUUAUACAAAUUUAAUUAUUGAAUCAACCUCUCCAAAUUAUCAAGCAAUAGAAGACGAAAUUAAAGAAAAAGCAAUAUUAAAUGUAGUUAUUCCAACAAAAAAACCAUUUAAAUAA